AUGGAAAUCUUCAGGAGACAAUUCUCCGUUUCUAAUAUAAAUUUAAACUUUAUCGCAGUUGUUUUCACAAAAAUUACUUACUUCUGGGUAGGAGAUAACAACUACACCUGUAAAGAUCUCCAUUGCUCUUUUCCUCUCAAAAAUAUUAAGGAUGGAAAUUGCUCCGGAACAACUCUUUUGGGAGACCUGGAUUCUAUAUCAUCUGAAAUCGCAAACACAUUAGGUAUUUUAACGAGUUUUAAAAUGAUAAUUUUAGCAAGGAUUUAUAAAAGGGGAAUAUUUAUGAGUGUGAACGUAGAAGAACUGGAUUCUUCCCUGCUCCCUGAAUUCCAAGAGAAAUUAUUUGAACAAAUAUUUGGUCUUUUCCCCAGGAAUAAAAAUGAAAACAUGUGA